AGCUUGGAAGAGGUUUCGGACAUGAAGACCAGCAACGAGUCUGAGAUGAAGAAGCCUCGCAUUGAGACGCUUUCACCCUUGCCGGCAGCCUUCAAAGUGAGGAAAGAAAAACUAGGGGACAAAAUCAAUGCCCUCCAGCAGCUGGUUUCGCCAUUUGGAAAGACUGCAACUGCCUCUGUACUGCACGAGACUGUCGAAUACAUUAAAUACCUUCAUGAUCAGGUCAAUGUCUUAAGCACGCCAUAUUGGAGAAAUACGCGUCCCAUGCAGCAAGAGAAGAAGUUAGAUAAAACCAGGGAAGGAGAAGAGCCGAUACAAGAUCUAAGAAGCCGAG